AACCUACUGAGCCACACAGGCUCCCUCUUUUAUUCUUUUCUUCUUUUAAUUCCUAAGUUGAAUGCUUAUCUCAUUAAUAUUCAGUCACUUUUCUUUUAUAAUAUAAGCUGUAAGUUCAUGAAUUUUUCUCUAAGAACACUUUAGCUCCAUGUAACAAAUUUUGAUACGUAACAUUUUCACUACAGUUUACUUCAAAUGUUUUCUAAUUUCUGUUGUGGUUUCCUUUCUGACCCCAUAGUUAUUUAGAUAUGAGAUUCUGAUUUUCCAGAAAGUUGAAAUUUUUGUUACUGAUUUCACUCAGAGACUGUCGUCUGAGUGAUUUUAAGGUGCAGAAAUGGAUGUUCCUUAAAGUGGAUGUAUCCAGCACAGAGAGCUGCCCCCUCGGUGCCCCCAGGAGGCAAUUGUGGGGAGAAUGGUGAAUGACUGACCACGUGGACACUGGCUUUUCAGCAUUUCUUGGAGUCUCUGCGGAGCCCCCAGGCCAGACCCCAGCAGCUCUGAUUGGGUCCCCGGCUGCCCACCCGGCUUCAAGCUCCUGGGAAGAGCAGAGUCAUCGGCAAGAGAGCCCGGAGAGCUGAGGCCCAGCGGGAACAUGCCAGCCAACCAGAGUUCUCCCCAGUGGUCCUCGGUCCUGGCUGCAGAGGGACAUGGCAGCCUGUGUGAGGUCUCCGUGUCAUUUGAGGAUGUGACUGUGGACUUCAGCAAGGAGGAGUGGCAGCACUUGGACCCUGCUCAGAGACGCUUGUACCGGGAUGUGACGCUGGAGAAUUACAGCCACCUGCGCUCAGUGGGGUGCCAGGUUCCCAAACCAGAGGUCAUCUUCAAGUUGGAGCAAGGAGAGGGGCCAUGGACAUUGGAGAGGGAAACCCCACAUCAGAGCUGGUCAGACGAAGAUAUUGGGGGGAAGCAACACCAGAGAAUUGCUGGGAAAGUUUCAUUGCACUGUGAGAAAUUUGGUCAACCCAUAGGAGAAGAUCCAUUGUGUUCCAUUUUAGAAGAAUUGUGGCAAAACAACAGCCAGCUAGAGAGAUAUUGGGAGAGCCAGAAUCACCCUUUAAGUCAUGUGAAAGUGUUGAUUAAGGAGAGGGGCUAUGAAUGUAAGAAUAUUGAAAAAAUAAUCCAUGUGAGUACCAAGCUUGUUCCUUCAAUUAAAAGUCUCCGUAACUAUGACCCAUUUGGAAAGAGUCUGAAGCAUACUUUAAACUUACACAAUCAUAAUAAAAGCAAUGCAACAAAGAAGCUUGAUAAGAUUUUUGGAAAUGAUAAUAAUUUUGCCCCUAGCUCUUCGUCUGCUGAGACUGUGAGUACAGGGGCAAAUUCCUGUGACAUUAAUCAACGUGAAAAACAUCUUGGCAACAAACAAACUCUCAUCCACCAUCAGACAAUUCAGACUGGGGAGCAACUGCCUGUAUGUACUGAGUGUGUAAAGAGCUUCCCCCAAAAGCCCCAUCUCUCUGAGCAUCAGAGAAUUCAUGCUGAGGAAAAAUCCCAUGAAUGUCAUAAAAGCCACAAAGCCCUCAGGCAGAAGCCACCAAUUAAUGUACCUCAAAGUGCUUAUACAGGAGACAAACCCUAUAUAUGUACUCAAUGUGAGAAGGCCUUUACUCUCAAGUCGAACCUCAUUACACAUCAGAAAAUUCAUACUGGGCAGAAACCCUAUAAAUGCAGUGAAUGCGGAAAAGCCUUUUUCCACAGAUCCUAUCUCUUUAGACACAUGAGAAUCCAUACGGGAGAAAAACCAUACGAAUGCCGUGAGUGUGGAAGAGGCUUCUCCCAGAAUUCAGACCUUACCAUACAUCAGAAAACUCAUACGGGAGAGAAACACUACGCGUGCAGCGAAUGUGGGAAAGCCUUCACCAGAAAGUCAGCACUCAGAAUGCAUCAGAGAAUCCACACAGGAGAGAAACCCUACGUAUGCCCUGAAUGCGGGAAGGCCUUCAUCCAGAAAUCCCACUUCAACACACAUCAGAGAAUCCAUACCGGUGAGAAGCCUUACGAAUGCAGCGAGUGCGGAAAGUCGUUCACUAAGAAGUCACAGCUCCACGUACAUCAAAGAAUUCACACAGGGGAAAAACCCUAUAUAUGUACAGAAUGUGGAAAGGUCUUCACACACAGGACAAACCUCACUACACAUCAGAAAACUCAUACUGGAGAGAAACCCUAUACGUGUGCUGAAUGUGGCAAGGCUUUCAGCGACCAGUCAAAUCUCAUUAAACACCAGAAAACGCACACUGGAGAGAAACCCUAUAAAUGCAACGGCUGUGGAAAAGCCUUCAUAUGGAAGUCACGCCUCAAAAUACAUCAGAAAUCUCAUAUCGGAGAGAGACACUAUGAAUGCAGCGAAUGUGGGAAAGCCUUCAUCCAGAAAUCGACACUAAGCGUGCAUCAGAGAAUCCACACAGGAGAGAAACCCUACGUUUGUCCUGAAUGCGGGAAGGCCUUCAUCCAGAAAUCCCACUUCAUUGCACAUCAUAGAAUCCACACCGGAGAGAAGCCUUACGAGUGCAGUGACUGUGGAAAGUGCUUUACUAAGAAGUCACAGCUUCGUGUGCAUCAGAAGAUUCACACAGGGGAGAAACCCAAUAUAUGUGCCGAAUGUGGAAAGGCCUUCACUGACAGGUCCAAUCUGAUAACACACCAGAAAAUCCACACUAGAGAGAAACCCUAUAAAUGUAGCGACUGCGGAAAAACCUUCACUUGGAAGUCCCGCCUCACUAUCCAUCAGAAAUCUCAUACUGGAGAGAGACUCUAUGAAUGCGGUAAGUGCGGGAAAGCCUUCAUCCAGAAAGCAACGUUAAGCAUGCAUCAGAUUAUUCAUACUGGAAAGAAACCCUAUGCCUGUACAGAAUGUCAGAAGGCCUUCACCGACAGAUCGAAUCUCAUUAAGCACCAGAAAACUCACAGUGGAGGAAAAGUAUAAAACCACCGACUGAAAAGGCCUUCAGCUGGGACUCAGACCUGGGGAUACAUCAGAGGUCUCAGAGUAGGGAAGAGGAGUGCCAGAUUCUGUGAUCAGGGGUGCGGGGUUGGGGCAGGGGAGUGGGCAUGACGGCCCACAGCUUAAGGGAACAGAAGGCAAACAAAGCCAAGUGUCCUUCAGCCAAUUGGAAAUAGAAACACUGGCACCACCAGUUGAUGUGCAGUUAUAUGCAGAGGGAAACACUUUGAUAAGGGAUUUGGGCCAUAGUCCUUUUCAGUUGCAUGAUUCACGUGGAGACCCUCAAGCUCCUGCAAACAGUAGAAAGACAGACCCCAGGAGAUGACUUGUAAUCUCUUAUGUUUCACUUUUGGGAUUGUAUAAAUUCAGCACUGAUUGGUUCUUCAGACCCUGGGAUGCGGAAGUGCUUAAUACCGGCCACCUUGUUUUCUAAUGUCUCGGGUGGGGAGAAAAGUUUUCAUUCUCCAAACACCCCUGGAGCACCAAAGUCAAGGCAAAAACCUACUGGGAAGACAGAUCUGUGAGGAGAAGCCAGAAGUUUUUGUGAUCACUGACAUUUAAGACCCAGAAAAGAUGGCCACGAGGCACUGUUCUUUCUCUUCCCUUCUCCAGAGUAUAUAUUUAAAAAACGAAAUGGAAUUCUAAUGACUUUAUAUAUUGGCAAAUUAGGCAUAGCUGUAGCCAGUGUUACAGGAAUAUAGUUAUUAAACCUUACAGACAUCUAAAGGUGGCAGUUUAUUCCCUCAUUACUUCCAUGCUGUGGCCACAGGUGAUUCACAUCCAAAAAAGGUAUGCAUACUUUCUGACCUGUACACCAAAAGCUAGCUUUCAUGUAGACCACAGACUUCUCAUCCCCUUAGUAACUGACCCUAAAACAAUGAAACUGAGCCACGACACACUGGACUUCUGGCCUCAUCUACUGAAGCUUCUGCUUUCUUUAGGUUUCCUGUUUAAAAGGAGUGGUUGAUUAAUUGGGCUUCAAGACAUAACAUUGUGAUUUUGUUUUUCUUUCAAUUUGGUAAGAUACAUUCAUUUUCUAUAAGCACAUGAAGAGCAGAAUUGUGUUGAUUGAUAUGGGAUAAAGUCAUGUUGCACUGUAUUUGUUUAGUCUAAGAUACGAUUCUAGUUGAACAGCUAGAUGACUUCUCUAGAAAAAGCACUGCUUUUUUUAAAGCACUGAUCUAAAGACACUUUCUCAUUUUCCCUUAAACGUUUUUUAUGAUACUCAUAAGAAAAGGGGCUUUCUAACAUGCAAAUUUACCUGAUUUUUAAACCUUUUUAUUAACAUAUAAUGCAGACAGAAAAUGCAGCUAUCGUAAGCAAACAGCCCAAUGGAUUCUUACAAACUGAACACACUCAGAUCAAGAAACACAACAUGCCCAACACACCAGAAGCAUUCCCUGUUCUCCCUUCCAGGCCUCGUCCCCUCAACUCCCAAGAUAAACACUAUCUGACUUCUAAUAGCAUCGAUUAGUUUUGCCUGUUUGGUAUUUUAUGUAAAUUGAGUCAAAUAAUUAAAUAUAUUUAAUAUUUUAAUAAUAUACUCUUUAGUGUCUAUGUUUCCUUCACAUUGUAAAGUAAGGGUUCAUCCACUUUAUUAAAUACCCUUGUAGAUCAUUCAUUCAUUCUCAUGGUCACGAUAUAUUCCAUUGUGUGAAUUGUAGUAUACCACAGUAUAUCUGUUGGUGGACAUUUGGGUUGUCUGCAGCCUUGGGCUAUUGGAAAUAGUGGUGCUAUAAAUAUUUUAGUACCCAUUUAUUAGUGACCAUAUUUAUGAAUCUCUGUUAGGCAUACUUCUAGGCUUUGAACCGCCAAAUCGUACAGUAUCCAUAUGCUCAGCUUUAGUUUAUAAAACUAGUUUUCUAACGGGGCUGUGCUAAUAUACACUCUCACCAGUGCAGUAGAUGAGUUCUAGUUGCUCCAGGUUCUUGCCAACACUUGGUAUUUUCCAUCUUUUUUUUCUUUAGCUUAUAUAGUCUCCAUAAUGUUAGUAUCUAGUGAUAUCUCCAUGUGAUUAUAAUUUUUAUUUCUUCCAAUUCCACCAUAGCAGCUCCCAAGACAGUUAAUGAGAUCUGAGAUCUGAGACCCAGGCGUGGUUCUCACAUGCUUCACAGUAAGCAAAUACUAAGUUUAAAUCUUCCCACACAAAAGAGCCUAAAGCCAGAUGGCUUAACAGGUUAAUUGCAUUAAACAUUUAUAGGAGAAUAAUAUCGAAGCUCCAUAAAAUCGUUCAAAAAAUAGAGGAAGAAAGAACAAUCCCCAAGUCUGUGAGGCCAGUAUUACCCUGAUACUUGAGCUAUACCACCACAUAAACACAUAACAACAAUAACAAACUACAGAGCAGUAUUCCUCAUGAAUACAGACGUAAAAAUCCUCAACAAAAUAUUAGCAAAUUGAACCUAACAACAUAUAAAAGAAUUAUACAUCAUGAUCAAGUGAGGUUUAUUCCAUGAUGCAAGGCUGCAUCAACAUUCAGAAAUUAUUCAAUGUAAUGAUAUUAAUAAGCUGAGGAAGAAAAGUCACAUGAUCUGCAGAUUCAAUACGAUUUUAUCAAACUUUGAGCAGGCUUUCUUCUCUCCAAAACUGAUAAACUAAUCUUCAAAAUAUAGAGAGAUGUAGAAAGGAUCAAGAAUAGCAAAAAGGUUGGGGUGCCUGGGUGGCUCAGUGGGUUAAGCCUCUGCCUUCGGCUCGGGUCAUGAUCUUAGGGUUCUGGGAU